UCACCCACUAACAAUCAUUUCAUUGAUCUGAGCUCUAAAUAUCAGAAAACUUAGCUUUCUGAAGAUGAGAUGUACCACUGGCCACAUGUGGAGGGUGGGGGUGAAGGAAUGCCCUGCAGAAUCCUAGCGGAGCCUGAAGCAAAAAAGAAAAAAGAAAUUAGGACUGCUCAUCCUGCCCUUAUUUAAAAUUUUGACAUUCUGCUCUUCAUGAAUGCUGUUGUAUUAAUUUUGAAUUUCUAAAAAAAAUAUUGCAUAAGACGUUUGUUUUGAUUGCUGAGUUUGGUUGCUUUACAUUUUUGUACUAAGGCCAGUGUCUUACUUGGCUCAUCCUAGCCCCAGUCCCAGGAUGCAGGUGGAGGUGGCAGUAUCAAGGAGCCCCAGAUCCCAGGCGCAACUCUUGGCUGAUCAUAUAGUGAAGGGGUUUCUUUCAAGGACAUCCAAGAGUUCAGACGGAUGCAAACAGCAAGGGAAAAGAGGGGGAAGAAGGAAAAGAAAAGAAAGAAAAGUUGUACAUGGGUGUCUGCAUGAACAUCAGUAAGAGCCACGGUAACAGCCAGCAGCAUGAAAACAACUUGCUGAGAAAGCUAUUUUAACACCUCUGAUUAACACAGAAAAGGAGAUAAAAUGCUUCAUCUUCAAAGAGAUUCAUGGAAGAGAGCCUGACAAGUACUGUAAAAUAGAAGAUUCUGAGAACUUUAAGAUCGUAACAAUGAACUGGGAAUGGAGAAUCGCAGUGUAAAUGGCACAUCUGUUGCAGGUGUGGAUAAAGAAGUUCAGGAAAGUACUCAUUUCUUACGUGGGCAGCGGAGUCAAAGGAAGCAAUGAACAAAAUGCUUGGGUCAUGUAGGGAUCCCACCCCUUCUCUGUGUUUUCACUCUGAAGCUCUAUACAACUUUACACCUGAAUGAACGCCAAACCUCACUGGAUAUAUAAAGGGGACCUUGAGGAGGAAUUUCACAGUUACAGUGCAGAAGCAGCAGAAGGAAAGGAAUUAACCAGCUCUUCAGCCAAGCAAAUCCUCUCCUCACCAUGCUUCCUCCUGCCAUUCAUUUCUAUCUCAUUCCCCUUGCAUGCAUCCUAAUGAAAAGCUGUUUGGCUUUUAAAAAUGAUGCCACAGAAAUCCUUUAUUCACAUGUGGUUAAACCUGUUCCAGCACACACCAGCAGCAACAGCACGAUGAAUCAAGCCAGAAAUGGAGGCAGGCAUUUCAGUAACACUGGACUGGAUCGGAACACUCGAGUUCAAGUGGGUUGCCGGGAACUGCGUUCCACCAAAUACAUCUCUGAUGGCCAGUGCACCAGCAUUAGCCCUCUGAAAGAGCUGGUGUGUGCUGGUGAGUGCUUGCCCCUGCCUGUGCUCCCCAACUGGAUUGGAGGAGGCUAUGGAACAAAGUACUGGAGCAGGAGGAGCUCCCAGGAAUGGAGGUGUGUCAAUGACAAAACACGUACCCAGAGAAUCCAGCUGCAGUGCCAAGAUGGCAGCACGCGCACCUACAAAAUCACAGUGGUCACUGCCUGCAAAUGUAAGAGGUACACUCGGCAGCACAACGAGUCCAGUCACAACUUUGAGAGCAUGUCGCCUGCCAAGCCAGCCCAGCACCACAGAGAGCGGAAAAGAGCCAGCAAAUCCAGCAAGCACAGCCUGAGUUAGACCUCAGACUCUCCGAACUAGACUGACUCGUAACCAUCUGCUUUACAGAUUCGAUUGCUUGGAAGACUCGAGCCUGCCAUUGCUAUUCUGUUACUUGAAAAUAUAUGCUUUCUGCUUUGAUCAAACCCACCAAGCUGUCCUAAGUAUCAGGACCUUCUUUGGGAAGAGCUUUUCCUUUUCCAGUUUUUCAAGAUGUAUGCAUAUCCAGGAGGGCGAUUUGCAUUUAAACCCCAGGCAACCUGUAGAUUUAAUUCCCCACGGUUCUUGAAAGACUGGUGGUACUGUAUACAUCACUGAAUCGUUACUUUUUUAAAACAGAAAAGGGCUUCUCGUUUACCCUGCACUCCCCAACCCAUCCCCACUCCCAUCCCCAACAAAACCCCUUCAAAAUUAAAAAGUUAAAAAAAAUAGUUGCCACGAGUCUUCACAGUAACACUUCAGAAAGGUGCUUUUUUUUUUUUUUUGUAAUCUUCAUGGGAACAGUUUAGUAGCCAUGAGUGAUCCCCUUUGAAAGAGGGCAAGAUAUUGUGACAUUUCACUUCAAAAAUCAGCCCUGUAGCUUUUGACAGUCUCAUAGUAGGAAAUUAUACCCUGCAUGCUUACCCUUGCUUAGAACGGAAUGCCAGAAAUGCAUGGCAGCAGCUAAUAAGUAAAACUGAUGAACUAUUUAUUUGUCAAUGUUAUUAUUUAAUGAGCUUUCACGUGUGAUUUUUUUCAAAAUGUUAAUUUUUUAUGUUUUGAAGCUUUUCCAUGUACCUAAAUAUUUUCCUGUAUGAUUUGUGGUUGAUCUAGAAAUAUGAGAAUACAUGUUGUAGAUAUGUAAAAUAAAUAUUUUAGUCUCCUUAUUACAUAUAUGUGACAUCAUGAACUUUAUCAAUAGUAUGGAUCUUUUUAAAUCAAUAAGAUGCUUUGUAAAGCUGAAAUAUGUAAUACUUUUUUUUGUUUAAUCUGUGCAAUCA